AUGGGUUCUUGUCAAAGCUCCAAUGUCGCAGCCACUGCGAAAUCGUCGUCAUUAAUACGACCAACUGUAGCUGCCAGUGAGCCUUCAGCUCUGAAUGCUAAAAAGCAGGUGACCGAGGCCCAAAAGCAUUCAAAUAUGGAAUCGAAAGCAAGCACAGAUGCCGAUUUGUCCCGUCAUUCAAUAGAUGACGAAUCGAUAAAGUCUUUCACCUCAAAUCGAUCAGCUCAGAAGCUUGGCUACUCAUCUGGAGGAUCAACGCCAGACGAUUCUUCUGUUGGUUCUGCUGCUUCUGCAAAACGGAAUCCGAAGACGUUAGGUCACUCUUCUAGUAUCAUCGGCCUGGACUCAAUGAUUGAAAACAGGCGUGAAGAUGGCGAUAUUAGAACAAAUGUAGUGCAUAUGGAAGUGCCUUUCGGAAAACCGAUCGAAGAAGUUUAUGAUGGGGUCCAUACUGGACCUGUUCUGGGUUCUGGCAUCUCUGGAAUGGUAAGGCUUGUCACGCAUAAGAAAACCGGACACAAGUACGCUGUCAAAUGCUUGGACCUCGGUUUAGUCGACACGGAAGAAGGGCUUGCACAGCUUAGGGAAGAAAUAUUCAUCAUGUGCCAGUUGGACCAUCCAAAUAUAGUGCGCUUGGAAGAGGUGUACGAAAGUCACACUGAAAUAUACCUUGUACAGGAACUUUGUGUCGGAGGCGAAUUAUUUGAUCGCCUCGAUGAACAACCAGACUAUCACUAUACAGAGGCUGAGUGUGCUCGACUUGUCAAGCAAAUGCUCUGUGCUGUGCGGUAUUUGCACUCCAAAGGCAUUAUCCAUCGCGACCUGAAGCUCGAAAACUUUCUUUUUUCCUCGAAUGCUAAGGAUUCGGAACUAAAGAUGAUCGAUUUUGGAUUGAGCAAGCAUUUUCGAUACGGUGAAAUGCAACACGAAGCUGUUGGAACUCCUUAUACAGUGGCGCCUGAAGUGAUUCGUGGCUCUUAUGAUGAAAGAUGCGACAUUUGGGCUAUUGGUGUCAUUUCUUUCCUCUUGCUGAGUGGAGAACCUCCUUUUGGAGGUUGUGGUGGCCCAGAACCGCUAAUGACUGUUCGGUCAAAUAUUCUUCGUGGAAACUUUGAUUUUCAACCUGCGGACGUUUGGGGUCUCGUAAGUCAAAAGGCAAGGCAGUUCAUUUCUGCCCUGCUCGUAAUCGAUCCGAAGGCACGUCCUACCGCCAGAGAAGCACAAAAGCAUGCCUGGCUUAGAGAGUGGGCAAGCAGAAAUCGCACAGACGACGACAACGUUUUGAAUCCAAACGUAGUUAAAGCAUUGGUGAAUUUUAAGGAAUUCUCGGACAUGCGGAAGCUGCUGUGCGAAGUUUUGAGUUUUACCCUUUUACCUGAUCAGAUAAAGGAUUUGCGGAAGGAGUUUGAGAAAAUGGACACGGACGGAUCUGGUGAGAUUUCACUGGCGGCAUUAAAGCAGGUCUUGGUCACAAAUGCAAGCGAAGGAUCACUUGGCGCCCUCACAGAAGAGGAGGUAGAAGAUGUAUUCAAUGCAAUGAGAGUGAAGAAAACGGAGACACGAAUUCAUUGGCAUGAAUUCAUUGCGGCGGGACUUUCCCAAUGCCAAGUUGAUGAUCGUAAUCUUCGUCUGGCUUUCGAUCGACUUGAUAGUGAUCACAAGGGGUAUGUAACUUUGGACGAUAUCAUGAACUUGGUUGGAAACGAUUCGCAUGUCUCAGAGGAAAAUAUGCGAAAAAUGUGGGGUGACAGUGUCAGAGCUAUCAACUCGUCUGAAGCGCAAAUAUCUUAUGACGAAUUCUUGUUGCUCAUGAAAGGCCAAACACGAGAAAGUAUCGAGGGGGAGGAAUCAGGGCCAAAAGAAAGGCUAUCAGAUCCGAUGCGCGAAAGCGGAAACAAUGAUCCGAAUAUCAUUUUUCCGAAGUCCAAUGACGCUAGCCUACAUGAUGACAUUGCCGCAACUCAUUCUUCUACGCUUCCGUUUGUAACCCCUCUCUUUCCACAACCAGAUGCGAUUAUGAAGGAUAGCUUUGGACCCCUAUCCAUGGACACUGAGAGCAUUCAUGAACCAUUGGACCCUGUUGACCGUUCGGUCGAAAGGGGAAUCAUCAAAGUCCCUUCCUCUAACAUCAGCAACCCUUCACGACAGAGUACAGUCGUGCACGGUAUACAAGAGAACCCUGGAGACCUUCCAACCAUUCCACUGCCAAAACCUGGUCACUAUGUUCGGAAACGUUCCCGUUCAUUCGAUGACAAUGAAAUGAAAAAUUCGAAGUACAAUAAAGAUGUUCAAUUGUUGUCGGUGAAUGCGCGUCGCGCCGUUGCUCUUCCGGAAGUUAAUUCGGAUUUCAACGACGAAACUCGUAGUGCGUUACAAGUGAAUAGGCAAUUGUAUCGGGCUCACCGUCAGAUGCGCUUGGCAGUGACUGAGGCAUCAAAGAGAUUUGAAGAGCAGCAAACACGGCAUGCGAAAAACGUACUCCUAGCCCAGGAGGCAGAAAAAGAAGCUGGUCCAACAAGAAUUGCGGGAUUGGUAAUGCGUCGAGUUGAAAAUAAAACUAUUUCAUCAGAGGCUGUGAAGAAACUUCUGGAGGAGAACCGCCGAGAGCAACAGUCGUUGAUGGAGGUAGCCAGUAAACGUGGUGGUCGAGGCAGACGGACACGGAAGAAAACGAUUUCGGAUAUGAGUGGAAUGAUGGGAUCGCUAUCGCAAGAUGAUCUCAAGAAAAUUCUGCCAGAAGCUUCUGCAGCAAAUGCUUUGUCGUCGCUCCCAGAGCUUGAUUCACAGGAGCAGUUGAACGAUCUUGUUCGCGGGGCAACCGUUCCAGGCGAGUUCAAGAAAGUUAGAGACCCUUUCGGUGUUCAUGGAAAAUAUGGCAUUGUCGGGGAGCAGAAUGCUUUUGUAGAAAAUGAGGGUGAAGUAUACUGGCUGUGA